CGCAGCUGGCGGAGGAGGAGUGAAGACGGCCUGAGAUGUGAUCAGCGUCUUCAUUCAUCAUGAUUCCGAGGUUCAACAAGUCUCAAGCAGCCAAAGGAGAGGUGCUCCUGGAGUUUCUGAACCAGUCCACAGUAUUCUGCAGCCGCUUUGAGAACGGCCAGUGGUACUGCUACAUUCUGCUGGUGCUCUUCACGUUCGCUCUUCCCGUGGGGAUCUUGGGAAACGUGGCGGCUCUGAUCAACUACAUCUGCUUCAGGAAAACCUCGAGCACCAGCAAUGUUUUCCUGCUGAACCUGGCACUGUGCGACUCGGCCUGGAUCCUCACCCUCCCGAUCACCCUCUACUUCACCUUCCAGAGGCCGCACCUCAAGGACAUACAUGUCUUCUGCCAGUUCAAGAAGAUCUCCUUCAACAUCAACAUAUACGGCAGCAUCCUCUUCCUCACUCUGAUCAGUUUCGAUCGCUACGUCGGGACGGUGCACCCCAUCAGCUCCCUCCGCUGGUGGGACGCGGGCAAGGCCAAGCUGUGCUCGGCCUGCACGUGGGCUGUGCUCCUCUUGAGCUCCGUUCCCGACUUAUUUGUCACUUUCGCAAUUCAGCGGCCGGAAAAUGUCACCGUGUGCAUGGACCACAUCCAGGGUCCUUUUAUCUACGUCAAAACAAUCACCAUAAUCAGAACAACAGUAGGCUUCCUUCUGCCAUUUAGCAUCAUGCUGGCUUUUUACAUCACGACAGCUCGUGUUUUGAGGAGUCUCCCGAGCGGGAGAAGGCCCAGUGGAGCCCAGCGGGGAGGAGGGAAGCCUCUGCGGCUCAUCACGGCCGCCAUACUCAUCUUCGUGGUCUCGUUCAUGCCCUACCACAUAAUGGUCAUCACUCUGGUGUUCAUGAGGAUCCAUAACCAGGUCACACCAUCCAACACCAGCGUCCUCUUUGCCUCCUAUGAGUUCUUUGAGGCCAUGUGCAGUGUAAGCAGCUGCCUGGACCCGGUGCUGUACAUCGCAGCUAGUGAGCAGUUCCAGAAGAAGCUGCGGACCCUGAGAAGAGAGCGAUACAGGAGGCUGUGCUGCAGAGCCAGCAGGAAGGUUGGAGGAAUUGGUUGACUGAGGAACUUGUUUUGACUAGGUACCUUAAAUCGCCUUGGCUGGAUCCCUGUUACACGUGCCAGUGAGUGAUCUUAAUGGUACAAUCAUCCUUUCCUAAAAUACGCCGUAUGAAAUUGCACUAUUGUGGAACUGAAAUGAAAAAAAGAAAAUACUGUGAUCAUAACUACAACAUGACUUCUUUUUGUAUCACAAAAUCAUUUUUAUCAAAAUACAUCGGAGCCCUUGACUAACUGCAAUCAAACAUUCUGUUGUAGAAAAGUAAAGCAGUAGUCUGAUCCUCAGCGUUGAUUUCACAACGUACAAGGGUUCAUAGAAAAACGGUGCACAGUUCAUAUUGAUGGAUAUUUGUUUUAGGUUUAUCAUUCAUCUUUAUACUCACAAGUGAAUGAGUGCAUCAUUCAAUUAUUUAUUUGCAAUGCUGGUGCCAUUAACUCCUUUAAUCACAAGCCUGUAAAAAAACACUCACCGUCGCCUCCUGUACAAAUAUUUUGACCGUAGUGCAUUGAACCGCACAUGGAUCAUGGAAAUUAACAAUGAAUGUAUUCAACACCAGGCCUUGGAAAAAACUAAACACGGCUCAUGAUUGGCCACACAAUCGGUGAUACUAUCACGUCCAUAUUGAUUCAUCCAUAUCGGUGUUAUCUUCUCAUCUUAUCCACUUCUCUUUCUAUUAAAGCCAUCGCUUUGUGCACAAACUGUAAGAGCACUGCUUGUGCUUUCAUCUAUUUUUGGUUCGGUGCACAGCUCCACCGUAUCCUGUUUUGGAUUUCCAGCAUCAGAACAAACACCCUGCCCUCCUCGGGGACCCAAAUAAACAUUCUCCCCUGAAAACAAACCCAGAGUUAUACUGUACCACUGCCUGGAUCUUAGCAUGUACACACACGGGCAUCCCCAUUCAUCACACAAUUGCUGGGCCACAGCAUCACAGAGGGGGCUGGGGAAUAGCCACGACUAUGGUCACUACUCUCCCCAGAGCUAAACUCCUCUGUAACUAAGUGUCUGGAUAAUAAAUCAGAGCAGGGACGUGACAACAUAAGUCCCUCCGCAGGGAGGCUGCAGCA